AUGAAGGAGGUCAAGAAGGAGUUUGUGGAAUACUUCAAAUCAGUCCUUAAUGGAAAUGGAUACUCUAAUGUGAACCAUGAGGAGCUUAAAAAAUUGAUCAAAUUUCGGCUUGGCCAUAAGGAUAAGGAUAUGCUCAUUAGAGAAGUUUCAGCAGUGGAGAUUAAAGAGACCAUUUUUACUAUGGAUAAUAAUAAGGCUCCAAGUCUGAAUGGAUAUAGUGCAUGUUUUUUCAAGGCAGCAUGGAGCAUAAUUAGUGAUGAUGUUGUGAAGGACAUCAAGCAUUUUUUUAAUAUGGGUCAUCUCUUAAAAGAGGUUAAUUGCACUAUGCUUGCUCUUGUUCCUAAAGUUACUAACUUUUCUCUUUAUAAAGAUUUAAGGCCUAUAGCUUGUUGCAAUACUCUAUACAAAUGCAUUACCAAAAUCAUGGCAAAUCGCCUUAAAGUUGUACUUCCUCAGUUUAUAAACAAGGCUCAAGUUGCUUUUGUGGGAGACCGAUGCAUUAGUGAGAAUAUUCUUUUGUGCCAAGAGCUUAUGCAUAACUACAAAAAGGACACUUAUGAAAAGAAAUGUGCCAUUACGAUAGAUCUCAUGAAAGCCUAUGACACCUUAAAUUGGGAUUUCUUGCUUACUGUGCUUGAUGUCAUUGAUAUGCCUCAUCGUUUCAUUGGUUGGAUAAAAGACUUGCAUCACUAG